AUGCAGGGGGUAUUUCACUGUCCGCAUGCGCAGAGGAAAACUGCAGGACAAAGAAUAGUAGGCUCACAAAAAUUCAAAAUGGCGCCUGUUCGACCGGGCGAAGAAGAGUUGGGAAGAAAGUGGGAUAGAUGUUUAGUGGAUACCACCUUUAAAACCGGUAUUUUGAUUCUCUCCAUCAGGAAAGAUACUAUUGAUGAGACGUCACUAAAUGUUUCUUAUGUGAUUUAUUAUUAGUUGGUGGUGCUGUUUUUGGUGGCGUAUUUUCGCUUCUGUUUUUCAAAAGUAAGCUCAAUAUUGUUGUUACCUUGAUUUUUGUAGAUCUUGCACUGUACCGUUUGUCACUGACAAACCGGAAAUAUGUAUUAGUUUUCGCACAUGCUUGUGUUUACAUGUCUCUGGCUAUGAAAAAGUAAAAGAUUAUCAUCGAAUCGAUUUGGGCUGGGCUCGGGAUUAGAGAGAGAGUGGCAUGGACACAGUGUGGUCUUGUCUCCAAACAAAUUUGCAGAGAACCGACGAGGACUUGAGGGUGUAGUGAUCCCUAGCCGACUUUUACUAUUCGUUAUACAAUAAAUCAGGUUUUAGGUUUGGCUAGCAGACGGUUUCUCCUUUGCAACUGGCCAUUCCAAUUUAUCAUAAUUAUGAUUAAAUUUGUCUACUCUCCAGUAAUUCCCCUCCUCCUCACACUCCGUUAAGGUUUAGGAAAAUCCUAGUGGGGAAGGUGGUGGUUUUUAAUAGUCAGGUACACUGCAAAUGGUGAUUAUUAAUUUUGUCUCCUCAGGAGCAGCCUGGCCUAUCACUCUGGGUUUAGGGGUUGGUCUUGGUGCUGGGUAUUCAAACUGUCGACAUCAGUUUCUCUGGCAUGGACCACAUGGACCUCCAUUUCAUUUUGGAAGACCACCUUGGGCUGGAGGUGGCAGGCCAUACUGGGGAAGGCCAAGCAAGGAUGGUGAAAAACAUCCUCCUUGUCAUGAGGAGCAGAAGGUAUUAUACAAGUCAUGA